UGCCAGCCUCUGCGAGCCAGGAUUCACUGCUCUUGGGGCAGCAACGCGACAACAAGUUGAACUCGGCUCGAGCGGAGCCACCGACCACCGACCAUCGACCACCGAGCACCGACCAUCGCCAUCAGCACCUGGCCAUAAGCACCUGGCGCUAAUCCGUCGCUAUUAACACCACGCUCAAAUAACAACCAGUCCUGAGUCCGGUUAGCGCGACUCCCGCGUCCAGUGAAUUCCAGCGCCGCUGUCCAUGCAAAGCAAAGAAUCGCAAAGCGGAGCGAAAAUAAAUAAAUAAAAUCGUAAAACUCAGCAGAAAGUAAUAAAAUAAGAGCGGACACGUUCCACGAAAGCCCGGAGGAGGAAGCCAAAGUGUCAACAAGGACACUUCAAAGGACAGCGAACCGAGGCGAGAACACCGGAGGGGAGGAGUCGGGAGCAGAUUGUCCAGACCCCGAAGCCAGUUGGUAGCGAAUUCCCCGCUGGCGAGCAAUUGAGCAAUUGUGCAAAAUGGAUGCGCUGCGCUUCCGUGGUUCACCAUUCGCCCGCUUCACGGGCCAGUCGACCGGACCGGGCCACCCCCGCCCACCGCCUCACCCCCAGCACCCGCAACGCCCCCAGCCGAUGGGCUCACAUGGCAUCAGCGCCCCCGAACCACUCAUCGUGGUGGAGGAGUCCAACCUGCCCGAGGAGCAGGAAGACAGCUCUGAGCCGACGGUCUCGAACCGCGGCAGCCUGGACAUCGACUCGCCCGUGAAUCCGUAUCUGCUCUCGCCGUGGCGCGAUCCUCGCGAGGCCCGCAAGCACUCGCUGCCCUCGCAGCAGGUGACCGACGGCAUUACGGCCAGCCAGGUGCGGCGCCUCUCGGAGCGCGGCGGCGAGGGAUCGGGCCCCACCCCCAAGGAGGCCGCCUUCCUGGCCACCCUCUCGCAGGCCCCGGCGCCCACCGGACGCCGCCACUCCGUGGUGACCAUCUCCAAGGUGCCCACCACCAUCUUUGGCCGCUCGCGCCGCGAGUCCGUGGCCGCCUACCCCAACAGCAACGGGAGCAGUCGUGUUUUGAAUUCACGGCGCGAGAGCAACACAGGACCCCCGUCGACGGAUCCCAUCGGGAGCAUCCACAAUCUGCAGCUGGACAUCAUGGACGACAUCUACUUGCAGUCGCGCAAGGCGCGCUUGAAGCUCUGGACCUCCUCCAACGAGAAGGUGUGCGAGGUGCAGACCGUCGACGAGGCGGGCACCGGCCAGCCGGGCAGGCGCUUCACCAACCGCCGCUACUCGGAGUGUCCCCAGCCGGGAUUGGCCAGCUCCUUUCGCCGCGCCUCCGAGCUGCCGCAGCCGCAGCAAGGCCAGCAGCAGCAGCCGCAGCAGCAGAGCUCCACUCGGGCCUCCACGCGUCGCAAGAAGUCGGGCAGUGGCACCGGGCUCCUGGGCAGUCGCUCGGACAUCGCCGGGAUAUUCAGCUCGUUGACCAGCUCGGCCAUGGACAUGCACCGGCCGGAGCCGGAGGGACGCGACGGCAGCUCCAGUGCCAGCUCCUCGGCCACGGCCACGGCCAGCAGCCCCUUCCUCAGCCAGACCUUCCAGGCGGCAGCUCGCGGACGCGCAACCAGUGCCACGCCCACACCCACCGCCGGUGGCCUCACCGUCGGCGGAGGCGGCGGCGGCGGCGGAGGAGGUGUAUCGGGAGCGGGAACCUCUGGGGGCCUGCUCGAUCCCAAUGCCGGGCGGUCCACGCGCUCCAACAGCUUCGAUGUGUCCCUGCUGAACAACGCCAAGCAGCUGGUGAGCGACGUGCAGGACAAUGGCUCGGCCACCUUGUCCGGUUGGUUUGCCAAGCGGCACACGCCGCUGGCCCGCAAGAAGAGUGUGCGCAGCAAGAGCUCGGCGGUGGCCCUCUCCAAGGACGUGCUGGAGCGGCUGCAGAAGAAGGAUCCCUUGGGCGGCGACUCCGGCAAGCCGAAGCUGAAGCCGCGCAGCAAGCAGAAGACCUGGGCGGAGUCCACCAAGGCGACGGUGGAUGCCACCAUCUUGGGCACGGCCAUCGAGGGAUUCCUGCGCAAGAGCUCCAACGCGAGCAUGGGCGGAUCGAGCAUGGGCGGAUCGUCGGGCGGCGCCUCCACCUCGGCAGCGGCCCGCGGGGCCACGCCCAAGACGGCCAAGGACUCGGGCAGCGCCAGCGGCAGUCCUGCCCACGGAGCCCGUCGCAGUCGCGCCUCCGCCGGCAGCUCCGCUCAGUCGCAGGCCGGACGGGCCGUGCGCUCCACCCUCAACUGGUUCGGCAAGGCCGACGAGGACGACUCCAAGGACACGUGCGACGCCUCGCUCUGCGCCACGCUCAAGGACCUGUUCGUCAAAUAGGUCGGGGGCCGCAGAGGCAAGUAAAGCAAUGGGUCGAGUCCCGGCUAGAGCAGCACAUCGCCAGCUACUUGCACCUCUGAGAUCCAGAAAUCCUUAUCGAUAUCCGAAAACAAAACGAACAAAGUUGAAGGCUUACACAACCCAGUGAACAAUAAGCACGGCAGCAGUAAUCACCAUUGAAAUCCCCACACAACACAGAGCCCGAAGCUUAAAGACAGAUUAAAAGCGCAGCAAGUCUGCCGCUCGAACAAAAAGAGAUGCAAAUAAUACAUCAAAAUCAAUAACAUAAUCACAGCUCUUACAUAACUCGCAAACACCAUGAUAAUUGACAGCAAGACGUCACAAAACACGUCCAUUAAAUCGAACACUGAAAACAAUGCAUGCGAGGCCGACAGUGAGACUGAUCUGACGGCAACUGAAUGAGAAAUAAGAACUGCAAAGCAACCGAAUACCUAGUAUUGGAACAAUAACAAAGCAGAAGCUAUCGAUACCUGACAGUUGAACAGAUUGAUACAUUUGAUACUAACAGAGGCUAUGAGAGCACCAGGUGAGGAUCAAAUUAGGAGAACUAACUUAGCAGCAAUACACAGUGACCUUCUGGACCCGAAAAAAUUAACACACACCCACAGAGACCCGAAACAAACACACAAAAAAACCCGAACAACACCGAAAAACAACAAACAACACCGAAAAACACCAAAGAACACCAUACAACACCGAAUAACUCCGAAUAUCACCGAACAACACGGAAAAACCCCGAACAACACCGAAGAACACCAAAGAACACCAUACAACACCGAAUAACUCCGAAUAUCACCGAACAACACGGAAAAACCCCGAACAACACCGAACAACCCCGAACAACACCGAAGAACCCCGAAGAACCCCGAACAACACUAGGAUCCGACUAACGGUGAGCAACAAGAGUACAAGAGAGCAACUUUUAACGGUACAAGUAACUUAACGCAUAACGGUGAUGGUAAGUGCGGAGGCGAAUGCGAAACGAUAAGCGAUAAAUAGUGAUCGAUAGGCAGAUAGUUAAGCGAUAGACGAUAGAGAUUAAGGCAACGCUGCAGGGGAGUCAGGAACUGGGAAUCAGCAUCAGGAAUCGCAGGGCGAAGUGGAACCAGGACACAACACCUCACCCCAUCUUACCGCCACCAGGACGAGGGGACGGACCCCGGGAGCUAUUUAAGCGAAAUACAGAUAAAUAGUAUACAUAUAAAUAUAUAUUCUCCUACAUUUGCAUACCAUUUGUAACCGAAGGCCAGAAGGCGGACGAGAUGCACAAGAACUGGGGAGUACGGAGGGCAGAGAAUACACAGAUAUUUUUCUACGUGCAGAGCAAUUUAGGCGGGUCUCGCCGAAGAGUAAGUCCCGGGACGAGGAAGUAAAGGCGACUUGUUGACGCAUUGCCGAUUGGCGAUGAAACUACCUAGAUAUGGGUAUUUUUUUUUGGUGCCCAUCCAUGUUGGCACAUCAUAUGAAAGAGGCAACCGUGGCAGCUGCGCAAAUCGCUCCUCAUAUACCGAAUCCGAGCAGGAGGAGAUGCUCCGGCGGUUGCCACAACCAUAUCACAAUAAAUACACACACAAUGAAAUCAGCACGGCUCCGUGCGUAUAAACACGUUACAAUAUGCGAAUAUUUAUCUACGGAGAAUAAGAAGUAAAUGUCUACAGACUCAAGAGUUUUAAUCAAUGUAAACCACACAAUAAAUGUAAUUUGUAUGUACAAUCUGAGCUUACUCGAGGCAGAAAUCACAAAUCACCAAUCGUAAGGCGCAAAUCGCAAUCGCAAAUCGCAAAUCACAACACAAACAGCAAAUGCCAAACUAAAUCGAGUCGAGCUGAAUAGAAAUCGAAUAUAAAUUAAUGUUCGCGUUGAAUAUUUAAUGUUAAACGUAAAAUAAUACGCAGGCAGGGGCGGAAAGGCGGAAAGCUGAAAAGUAGCAGGCGGAGCGUGGAGAGCUGGGUGCCUGGGGAACUUUCCCGGGCAGAAGUUUGAAAAUCAAUUAACGAAGAAAUUCAAAUUGGAAAUUCGCAAUUGCAGAAAUUGGCAAACAGAGGGGCUAUAGAAAGACAGUGGGAGGUGGCCAGAUGGCCAGAUGGCCGGACAGCCGGAUAGCCGGAGGGGGAGAGAGAUAGUGAGGACGGACAAACAAACAAUCAGUCAAUAUUGCAAUCAAUCAAGUGUGUUUCUAUAUGCGGCACUUGGCUUUGUCAAUCUGUCAAUUGAUGCCGGGCAAGUAGGUGUGCAGCUGCGGGGGCGGGGCGGUACCGGAACUAUAUAGAUACAAUAACCGUACGCGUAUGCCUAGCGAUUAUCACUCUAUCAAUAAUUGUAUCUCGAUGUGCCCGACAAGUGUGUUUUAGACUUCGAUUUCCAUGUGCGUGUCUCACAGAGGUAACCCAAAGUUAACUUUCACUUACGUGUGUUAUAGUGCUACGGAGCGGCAGAUCCACCCUAAUACUGAUCUAUAUCUAUACAAGCAUAUGAAUAUACAAUAUCUACACGUAACGAUAUACAUAUUAUACACGUAUUAAACUAUUUACAAGUGCGGUCCUUCUUGGUCGCAGCCAACUAGCGUUGUCCACGUUUUGCUCAUCCUCCUAACCGUUGUUCUAUAUCUAUAUCGUUGCUACUACCGAUCGGUCUAUACUAUGUAACAAUAAACGUGUACAAACCGGGGGGCGGGGGAAGGCAGGAGAAGGCGGGGCAGGCCAGAGCAACUCUCAAGUUCUAUUUGUCCUAUUUUUGAUAGUUGUAUAUAUAUACCGCAUAUAUGUACCGCAUAUACAAUACGUGCAGGCCAUGGUGCACCAGCACCUCACGGAUGCAGUUUUUUUCGAUUGAUUUAGCAUUGAAUGUGCAUAGAUUUAUGACUACCAGUCGGAUAUACAUAUGUGUACCCCUAAGAUAAUAGCGCAUCCGAGGAAUGCACACCGGGAAUAAUCGGCGGCCAGUCCGGGCUGCAGAGCCGCAGAUGUCGGCCGCCGAUUAGCUCCAAGUCGUGUCGUUGUCCCUGUCAUUGUUGUUGACGUUGUUGAUGUCGUGCAAUUGUAAUUACCGUUGUUCAAUUGUUGUUAAUGUUUAUCCACCUGUAUGUACGAGCGAGCGGCUACCACCGACUACAGUACUUUAGUAGUGUUAACUGGCGCCCAACGUAUAUACCCAACUAUGUUUGCGCCCGCAACUCUCCAAGUGUGUGGCAUCCGGGAUCACGGAGACACAGCCGUGCGUAUCCACGAGUGCGCACCUCGAGCGAGCGAUCUAUGAUUUGGUUAGGGGUUAGAGGUUCUUUCGGGCCUUUCUGGGCCACAGCAGGGGGAAAAGUGGGCAAACUACGCAUAAUCUAGUGAGUAAAGAGCGACGGAGCAGUGGGCAAGGCAGGUAGGAGCUGACAUGCAUAUAUAACUAGAUAUAUAUCUGUGUAAAUAGCGGCAGGAGUCUCGGGAAUACGUUUGUACAUAAUUAUGCGUAUGCUAGCGAGGGGACGGCGAGGGAGGUAGAGUUUUUUUUAAGCCAAAAUCCAAACGCAACCGAAUGUAAAACAAUCAAUUAAUGACACAUAAUGUAAACGAAGCCAAGUCGAAAACAAUACAAGCUAACCAAUUUGCAAGGGGCAGCGCCCAGAUGCACGCAUGAAACCCUCCCUGUGUGCGGGUCUGCUCCCUAGAAGGCGUCUCCCCGGCCGACCUCCCACCACCCACGGCUCGAGGAAUCCGAGGAGAACGGAGCGGGAAUCGGGGGCGCUGGACGUGCACCAGGCGAGUGUACUUUACCACACAUACAAUACCCAAUAUACAGCUAAAUAUACACCCAUAUACAUCUAUAUACACAUAUGGAAUAUAUA